AGUCUAAUUAUAUUUUGUAAACAAUCCACUCAACGAGCACAUUUGAUAUUUGUCGUGCUCGAGAUGAUGGUUGCUAACUUAUAAUUGUACAGUUUUGUGCUUCAAAUUCCUUAGAAUGAAAGAAAAUCGCUGCAGCAGUGAGAUGGCGAUUGUUAGAAACAAUUUAGAACAAUGCAGCUUCUGCUUUGAUGUGCGCAACGGGGAAUUUCAACACGCACUGGUCCCCACUCACCUUCCACAGCAGAAGCUAGAGAUUGUGCUGCAGAAAUUUAGCGGUUUCACUUCCCAGUUAAGCAGCUAUCCUACGUGCGACAAAUGCCGUCAAGAAUUCAUAAGCCUCCAUAACGUUCCCGAGAGCUGCUUCCAAAUUAUUCCCAGCGCCGAACCGACUGACAUUAAGAUGGAACCAGAGUUAAUGAUUGAUGAUCACAAGCCGUGGGGAAAUGAUAACGUUGAUGAGACAGAGCCAACAGCGGACUUUGGGCCUAUCGAACAGGAAACCAAAAUUCAAAUCAAGGAAGAAAACGGAGAGCUAUUUUUUAUCAACGAAAUGGACGAACAAGAUGACAAUGCAUCAACGGCAGAAAAAUCGUUCCGUUGUGAAAAGUGUGAAAAACCAUUUCGCACAAAAAUCGGACUUCAAGAGCACCUUCGCAUUCAUACGGGUGAAUGUCCCUAUUCUUGUCCACAUUGCCCGAAAACGUUUAAGGAUCGUACUGGGCUUCAAAUGCACCUUCGAAUCCAUACAGAUGAACGUCCCUUUCCCUGUCCAUAUUGUUCGAAAGCGUCAAAGACUUCUGCAGCACUCCAAACGCACAUUCGAACUCAUACUGGUGAACUUCCAUUUUCUUGUCCACAUUGUCCGAGGACCUUUAACCAAGGUUCGGCGCUCAGACUGCACAUUCGAACUCAUUCGGAUGAGCGUGCCUUUCCUUGUCCGCAUUGUCCGAAAGCGUUUAAGAUUGCUUCAACACUCCGACUGCACAUUCGAACUCAUACGGGUGAACUUCCAUUUUCUUGUCCCUACUGUCCGAAGACGUUUAGGCAGCGUUCGGGGCUCAACGUGCACAUUCGAAAUCAUACCGGUGAACUUCCAUUUUCUUGUCCCUACUGUCCGAAGACAUUUAGACAGCGUCCGGGGCUCAAAGUGCACAUUCGAAAUCAUACUGAUGAGCGGCCCUACCCUUGUCCACAUUGUCCGAAAGCGUGUAAGACAUCUUCAGCACUUCAAGACCACAUUCGAACUCAUACGGGUGAACGUCCCUACUCUUGUUCACAUUGUCCGAAAUCGUUCAAGAAGGCUUCAAGCCUCCAACAACACAUUCUAACUCAUACAGGUGAACGUCCUUACUCUUGUCCACAUUGUCCGAAAGCGUUUACGAUGUCUUCAACACUAAAAGUGCACAUUCGAACUCAUACGGGUGAACGUCCCUAUUCUUGUCCACAUUGCCCGAAAGUGUUCAAGAAGGCUGCGUCGCUUCAAAUACACAUUCGAGUUCAUACGGGUGAACGUCCUUAUCCUUGUCCACAUUGUCCGAGUGCGUUUAGGAAUUCUCCAGGACUUCAAGAACACAUUCGAACUCAUACGGGUGAACGUCCCUACUCUUGUUCACAUUGUCCGAAGUCGUUCAAGCAAGCUUCAAACCUCCAGCAACACAUUCUAACUCAUACAGGUGAACGUCCUUACUCUUGUCCACAUUGUCCGAAAGCGUUUAGGAUUUCUUCAACGCUAAAAGUGCACAUUCGAACUCAUACGGGUGAACUUCCAUUUUCUUGUACACAUUGUACGAAGAUGUUUAGACAAAGAACGGCGCUCAACCAGCACAUUCGAAUUCAUACGGGUGAACGCCCCUAUUCAUGUCCACUUUGUCCGAAAGCGUUUAAUCAAACUGGGACACUCCAACAACACAUUCGGUUACAUACCAAGUAGAAGCGAGGCUACUAACCAGUCCCAUCGCCUCAUCAUGCUAGAUCAGUUCGAUGAACAGGUGGCUCGGAUCAACAAUCCCUGUUGACCGUCAAGGUAGGGAUAACUGAAUGCUGAAGGUUUUCUUUGUCAUUGAAUGCUGUUAACAAAUAAUCAUGAGGCGAAACUUUACAAAAAUACACUAAAAAAUAAAAAUUUAAAACAA